UGCAUCGCGCUAGCAGGCUCAGUCCUCGCGACAAAGAUGGCGGCUCCUUUAACACUGCUGCUAAUAGUGGCUGUUACAAUAAGAGCUGUUUUGUUCCGAUCCACUUUGGCAGAAAUAAUUUCGGAGAGGGUUGAGGUGGUGUCGCCAUUGAAUGCGUGGAAACGAGUUGUGGAGGGUCUUGCCUUGUUGGAUCUGGGGGUCUCGCCUUACUCGGGAGAUGUGUUUCACGAAACUCCCCUUAUCAUAUAUCUCUUUCAUUUUGUGGUCGACUAUGCAGAGAUCGUUUUCAUUAUAGCAGAUUGUAUAACAGCAGUGGCUCUAUAUCUGUCAAUCCAGACUUAUAAUAAGAAUGUGUUUAGAAAACAGAAGUACGCAUUGGAAUCAGAUCGGUAUCCACAUGACUGCUUGGAGCUUCUACGCUCGCCCAAAGAGAUGUUCUACAUCCCUCUCAAGGUUGCCAUGUUUUAUCUGUUAAACCCCUUUACUAUCCUGUCAUGUGUGGCGAAGUCGACAUGCGGAUUAAACAAUGCUGUUAUUGCGCUCUUCAUUCUCUGUACAUUAAAAGGUAGUGUCUUGUUGAGCGGGAUAUUUUUAGCGUUGGCCACAUAUCAGUCUAUCUAUCCUCUGACCCUGUUUGCUCCGGCUCUGCUGUUUUUCCUGCAGAGGUUGUAUAUUCCGGUGAACCUGCAGAGAAGCAGCUUUUGGUUCUUCACGCUGCAGUAUGUCUUCGUAUAUGUGGGCAGCUUGGUGGUCAUCACUGGACUCUCGUUUUUUCUUCUGGGCUCUUGGGAUUUCAUCCCUUCUGUUUAUGGAUUCAUUCUGUCUGUUCCAGAUCUUACUCCAAACAUCGGACUCUUCUGGUAUUUCUUUGCAGAGAUGUUCGAACACUUCCGUCUCUUUUUCAUCUGCGUCUUCCAGAUCAACGUCUUUUUCUACACCAUUCCUCUUUCCAUUAAACUCAAGGAACAUCCAGUGUUCCUCAUCUUCAUGCAGAUUGCCGUCAUCUCCAUCCUUAAGUCGUACCCAACAGUUGGAGAUGUCGCUCUCUACAUGGCAUUUCUGCCAGCCUGGAAUCACCUUUAUAGAUUUUUAAGAAACAUCUUUCUGGUGUCAUGCGUGUUAUUGGCGUGCUCCGCUCUGUUUCCUGUACUUUGGCAUCUUUGGAUCUACGCUGGCUCUGCCAACUCCAACUUUUACUACGCCAUCACCUUGCUCUUCAAUGUUGGACAGAUCUUACUGGUGUCAGACUACUUCUAUGCGUACCUGCGUCGAGAACAUCACAUGACUCAUGGCCUCUACCUGAAGAAAAAGGACGGCACUGAAGCCACACUGGUGUUAAAAUGACCUUCAGUCACCGUACUGAGAGAUCUCACCGUCUGCCUCACACUCCCAUGUUCCUAAUUUCUCUUCUUUCUUUAUUUAUUUUUCAUUCGCACUACUUAUUUCCCCACUUCUAUUCGAUCCCAAUUUUAUUUGCACAUCGGAGAGUUUUACCUCAUGUUUGGAUAUGGGCGCUUCCACUCGGACCAAAGCUGAAAGAGACUUCAUUUGAGAUGAGCGUCUACAAUGUUUCAGCACCUAUGAAUGACAGCAAGGAUGUGCCAUGGUGUAUUUUCACAUUACUUUUAUUGUGUUCGAUUUAAGGAUGCUUUAGUCGUCUAUAAAAGUCCUAAUUCAAACA